GGAUAUGGAAGCGGAAGAAAACAACCCUUUAAGGAGAAAGAUGAAGGAGAGCUCUUACUUUUUUGUUCUGGAUCCACCACUGGCCCGAGCCAUUUUGUGCGAUCUGCGAGUAAACGCUGAAAUUUAACCCGAUCAAGCCCAAAUAACAAAGCUGCAAAUUUCUGUUGCUUGUGACAGUUUUAGCAGAUGCCAGAUGCUCAUGUCAUUGCUUGGUUGGCUGUGAAUGGAAGCUGCGCUUGCAGAGCUUUUACUGCAUGUUCCUUGUCUAAUUCCGGAGUGCAUGCAGGAGGCGCCUGAGCGGCCGCUGCACCCGCCACUUCUCCAGGAUCUUCAUCCCCAACUGCUUCAAACCAACCAAAGAGCGAUAUAUAAAUAAACAGCUGCUACCCCUGUGGUCCUUGACCUCCUGCUGAUCACACCCGGAUCAACUCCUAUCAACAUUUGGAGCAUGGCUGGAGAGAAGCCAAGCCAUCCACGGCUGAACGGGCGGAUCCUGUCGUCCCUCUCAAAGCGGUCGGUCGCCGCACAUUCCUGGCAUGACCUUGAGAUAGGACCCGGAGCCCCUCAGGUUUUCAAUUGUGUUGUUGAGAUCACAAAGGGGAGUAAAGUGAAGUAUGAGCUUGACAAGAAGACUGGACUUAUCAAGGUUGACAGGGUGCUGUACUCAUCAGUGGUCUAUCCGCACAACUAUGGUUUCAUACCACGCACACUUUGUGAGGAUGGAGAUCCAAUGGAUGUGCUGGUGUUGAUGCAGGAACCGGUGAUACCUGGUUGCUUUCUUCGGGCUAGGGCCAUUGGCCUUAUGCCUAUGAUUGAUCAGGGUGAGAAAGAUGAUAAGAUAAUUGCAGUUUGUGUUGACGAUCCUGAGUACCGUCACUUAACCGAUCUCAAGGAGCUGUCUCCCCACCGCCUCAAUGAAAUCCGUCGCUUCUUUGAAGACUACAAGAAGAACGAGAACAAGGAAGUUGCUGUGAAUGACUUCUUGCCACCAAUCACUGCCAUGGAGGCCAUUCAGCACUCGAUGGACCUAUACGCUGAAUAUAUCCUGCAGAGUUUGAGGCGCUAGACGUCAUUUCCAGAUGGAACAAUCCCUCUCCUGGUAUUGGGGGAAAAGAAGCAAUAAACAGUCUCCUGGUCUUUGUUUCAGGAGCCAUUUUUGCAGUAUAUAUAUUUGAGGGAUAAUGUUAUUGUUCUGAACAUCGUUGCAGAAUAUAUAUCUGAAUCAAGGGAUAUUGUUAUAUUAUUCAUCUUUUGUGGAAUAUAUGAAUCAAGGGAUAAUGAUAUGAAUUUGCA